UGCGAGUCAGACUAGUAUCAAAUUAUUUUUUGGGUCAUUAAAUCACGGAAAAUUAAUCUGCAGUUAUUAAAGAUUUUAAUUGGGGUAGAAUUUUACUGCUCUGUCAACGUUUACUGAUCAAGAACCACCUUAAUAAUAGAAACAAGAUGGCGACGAUAGGUUUGUGUAGCAACGGCAGAGAGAGUGCUGAAUAUUAACCAGUUAGUUGAGUUAGCUAAUGGUAAUGCAUAGGCUAAUUUUGUAUCUUAUUUAUUUGAAUAACUUUGCUGAAACGUUUUUUAAAAUAAUAAAGCCAAAAUAAAAGUUAGAAUUGAAGAAUAUUUAUCAUAUUUUAUUAAAUAACUGCUACCUCUGUGACAGUUAAAAUUAUAUUUUUAACAUUUUCAUUAAUUGCACUGCCCACUCGACCCAGGCAGUGCUUUUUGUUUUUAAGCUAAGAAAAAUGACUUUGGUAUUUUACCUUAAUGGCUGACUUUUCAGGGUAAUGAAUGAAUUGAAUGCGAUCCUUAUUUCAUUAUUCAUAUUAUGGCCUAGUAGUAUGGUCAUGGUUAGUAUUAGUAUAUAAUAUAGUAUAUAGUAUUAGUAUUAGUAUUAGCAUUAAUUAUUAAUGCUCAAAAUUAGUUUAAUUAAUAAGUAGGCUAAUACUAAUACUAGUUAUUUUAAUAGCAGUCAUUUAUUAGAAGGGGGCCAUCCAUAAUAAAUAAAUCAUUUAUAACAACAUCACACUAUUUUGCUGAUUUUUUACCACUAUAAAUACUAUUGUCAUAUUGUAAUAUUAAUUUUAUUUAAAUUUUGGGUAGGCGGUAGGCUGAUACUAUAUUACUAUAUUCCAAUUAUUUGGUAAAAAAAAGGUUUCUUCUUCUGUCUGCUUCUGCCAGGUAGGCGUUAUGAGGAAAUACAGUUGGCGAUCUGCCACAAGCCGUGUGAGGCCUACUGAAUAUUCAUGUUGUAGACUUUGAGGCUGAAUACUGGUUAUCUGCCUAUUAAUCGAUGCUAGCCUAGAUGUGGCCCAGACCUGCUAGCAUUUACAACUAAAAUGUCUUUCAUAACCUUGUCUUUAACUUAUAAUAAAAGAAAAUAGAGUAAGAAAAUAUUUUUGUUUGCACAAAAAUAGUUACUUAAACCAAAAAUAACAUCACACUGUUUCAGAUAUUUUUUUUUAAACCCCCCCCCCCACCCCCCNCCCCCCCCCCCCAAUUCUGCCCAUGGACACCCUCAUCACACAUGGUCACAAAAUAUGUAACCCAACACCCCCCCCCCACACACACACACCCUUAAAUUCAUGACAUCAUUACUGAUGGCCUCUAAAUCUCCACCCCUGUCUAUCUAGUUUUCUUUUAACAGUGGCUAUGUAGCAGCUUUGUUAAAACUCAUCACAUGUAGUUUAUGUUGUAUAUAUAAAAAAGAGUUCAAAUUGUUUGCUAAGAUAAAUAAUUAUUCGUCUCUUUAUUAUAAUAACAAAAAGGAGUAUUUUAUUAUUUUAAGGUUUGAAUUACUGACCUCAGGAUACCAUGAGUGGCUCAACAUCAUCAGAACCAUCUGACAAAGUGUUAGACAGGUAUUCCAUAUUCCUUUUGUAUAAUAAAUUUAAUGCAUGAAUUUGGGGGUGAAAAUUGUUUGAACAUGAUUAUUUAUUAUUAUUAUAAUUAUUAUUAUUACAAUAUUCUUAUAUAUGGCUGGGCUCACUGCGCUUCCCAAACAAAUUUGCAAAAAUAAACAUGUCUUUAAAAAACAAUUACAUACAUUUAUUCAUUUAAAAAACAGAUUAAUAAAAAAUAUUGAACUUGCCCACCCCAGAACUAUUUAACCUGUUUAGCCAUGAACGGCAGCAUUGCGCAUCGUUUACGAUCAUAGUGGGGUGCGAAUGAGACGGGAUAGUAGAGUUUGAAGAGAUGAUUCUUGAGUGCAGUUUUGAAAGCCCGUUAUUUAAUAAAAUAGACUAAAAAGAAAGCUAUAUAAAAUAAAAAUGUCGCUAAAGGAUUUUCAUUAAUCUAUUUCAGAAGUAGAUUAAACUACUGGGUUCAACACAUUGCUAAAAUUCUGAAUAAAAAUCAAAAGAAGGCUAGCUCUGAAGAUGUUCAUCAGAUUCGAUUUGCUAGCAACAAAUUGCUUCAAGUAUUACAGCAAAUUGGUAAGUUUCGGAAUGGCCAAUCGAAUGGACCUUUAAAAUAUUCAUGGCUAUUCUGUUCAUGUUUUUUUUCUCCAAAGAACAAGGUUUUUGUUUAUUUAUUUAUUUUAAUUGGCUUUUAAGGAAAAGGCUGUUCAAUAAAAUAAAAAAAAUCUGAAUGGUAAUGUAAGGAUUCCAGGGCUAGCGAUAUUACAUAAUUUUGGCAAAGUAGACCAUAGAUGCAUGGGUGUUGGAGAAUAAAAGGAAAAAUUUUAUGACAUUAGCACAAAUCUGAGAGAUCAUAAUAGUUUUGUUAGUCUUGUUGUGUCAGAUAAUUAUUCUCUAAUUCCUUGAAAUAUCUUAGAAAUGUUAAAUUAUUUAUGAUAGACCCUAAUAUCUGGCCCUAAUAAUAUUUAGAUAUAUAUGUAUUCCAAUUAUAUCAUAAUGUAUAUGAUUACAAAAGAUGGAUUCUGGUUUAUUUUUUUCAAAGAAAAAUCCAGCAAGGAUGCAUUUGCAAAACACACUAUUUCAAUGGACACACUUAUUGCAGUUCUACAGGUAUUUAAAAAAAGGGUGUAUAUUAUGGAGCUGGCCUUAUCCAAUUUAAAACUGUAUACAAAAUACAAUGUUCCAAUUUGUGCCACCUCCAUUGUUCAAUAUCUGCAAAAUGUUACAUGGGAGACACAUGGAUUUUAAAAUAGGUAAUAUUUUUAAUAAAUAUUAACAUGUAUCUUUAAAAUACUGGAAAAUAAGAGUGUUUCCUGUAUUUAUUCUCUUUCUCUUUUAAAAUAUAAUACAUUAUGUUCUUUAAAAAAAAAUGUACUAUUCACUUUUAGCAGUGUGCAAUAAAAUUAUAUCACUAGGGAUACAACACUUUGGUAGAAAUAAUAUAUAUAAAAAAAGUUGACAGUGACAUGAGAAGUAUUCCUAAACAUCCAAAUUGAUGAUGAAUGAAGAUUUAAGCCACAUCACUUUUACCUUGUUUAUUAAUAUUUUCAGGUUGUCACCUGUGAACAGACUCUUGGAAAUGUAAUCAACAUUUUUCUUGACCUUGUGGGAAAACAACGUAAGUAAUUCAAUAAUGAUGUGUGCAUACCUAUUUACAAUGUAAGUCUUUCAGUAACAUAAGCCAUUCAAUAAUAAUUUACAAAUACUUAUUUAAGAAAGAAAGAGUGCAAUGGUUGCAUCAGCAUAUUUUACUAGGCAUCUCUUGUAAAAUCUGUUUUUAAUGAAAGUGAUCAAUUUUUAAAAAAUUAUUCUUUAGAAAAUACACUGCUUCUCAUUUUUAUUUGUUUUCUAUAUUUGGCAUAUAAGUCAUGAUUAAGAUAGAGUUUAACGUUUUAAUCUGAGUACAUAGUACAACUGUUAGUUUACAUACAUUAAACUUUAAAGUCAUAUUUCAAGCUAUUUAUUUAUAUGCUAGUAAUAUUAGUUGCACCUUUUAUGUUGAUUUCCCCAGAGCCAUCAAAACGUGCUUCACUUUUAGUCAAUCAUGGGCUAACCACAGUGCUGUUUCAGAUACUCAAACUGACCCACACCAAUGAUAUUGUUUUAGCAGAUGAUGUGUUGAUUUCAAUCCAUACUUUGCUAAGUCGAAUCGGCCAUAAAGGUUAUGAAUAUUUAAUUCACUUGUUCACUUAAAUGUAGCUAAGUAAUUUAACAUUUUUUUUUACUAUAGUUAGGGCAAGAGCAUGAAAAUUUCAGGAAAUUUGUCAUUUCAUUGAAGAUUCGUUGUUGUUGUUUUGUUUUUGAGGAAAAAAGCUGAACUUUAUAAUUAAUCAAAACGAAACCGUGGGUAGUUCCUGUCCUUUUGAUUACAUUACAGCUUUUGUCUAUUCCGUUUUAAAGUUACUGUAAGCUGAUCCCUUCCUGUCUUGAAAAGUUCAUGUUAUAUUGUUAUAUGCUAUCGCUCCCCUAACCUAUCCCACAAUGAGGUAAACUAAAUCUUCAGGAUUUUUCAUUGCCCAUAUUUGUAUCAUUUUAAGUGAUACAGAGAUCUCUCUUUUUUUUAAUUUUUUUUUUAUUAAAUAACAUUAGAAGACAAUAGUUGAAAAGCAAUUUUAAAAAAAAGUGAGUUGGAGAUUAUGUAAAAAAUGUGGAUUUGCAUCUUAAUUUAGAAAAAUUUGCAAAAUAUCCAAGCGAUGGAUCACUAGCCUAGGUUAUAGAUAAAUCUGGAAAAUGCCAAAUUAUCAUAAAAUAGUGACUUGAUCGGACGUUAAUUUUACUAUUAAAACAUAACAAUACACUACACAACUGAAGGUCACAUAUUCCUUUUAGAUGACACUGUCAAAUAAACAGGUAUCUCAUUUAAUGUUUUUAAAUUAAAAGUUCUUUAUAAAAGUUUUUAUUGUGGGAGAUGAAUAUUAAUAUUUAUUUGUAUUAUUUGGGUUAGUGAUGCUUAAUAUAAUUAAAAUAUUAUGCCUUGUCACCUCUACAAUUUACAUUAUGGAAGAUUGCUUCACAAUAACUACCAAUCAAAGCAAACUAUUGAAUGUACUGACUAGUGUAGAUUUACAGGGUCAUCCUUGAAUCAAUCUAUUGGGUAGUAUGUUUAAGUUUAUUUUUUUUAAAUUUCAGAUCGUAAGUUUGCGGUGAAGGCGCGGCUUCAUCAAAGCUUGAUGUUGACAUUAAACUUGGUGAAGGCUCAUUCUCACAACUUCAGAAAUCUUCAGCCUCUCCUUCAGGUGCUCAAACUCUACACCAGCAAUAGUAAGUGUAAAAAAAUGAGCAGUGUGCCAGUGACAUUGUGUUACAAUAUCAGUGCCACUUAAUUUAACCCAAAGUAUAUCAUAAAAACCCUUAGUUUAAAAAAAAAAUGAAUCUUGUUUUUUGUUUUUUUGUUAUCUACAGGUGUCAAUGCAUCUUACCUUGGGAAACACAGUGCUGUUAACUUAAUGUUCAAGGUUAUCAGCUACUGUGGCAAAAGGCACACUGUGGAUUUGAGAUUAGCACUUGAAAAUCUCUGUAACUUGACCAAAUCUAGUAAGUUUAAAAAAAUAAAUAUUUUAGACCAACAGGCAAGUCUGACCAUUUUGGUUUGUAGAUUUUUUAUUUAUUCCCCCCUUAAUUUCUGACAAUAUGUAGUGCCCUUCUUCUACUAUUCAAAUGUUUUUUUUUUGUAUUUCAGAAAGUAAUUCUGCAAGACUCAUUGGAAUGGAAGGCAUCUCUCAACUACUAACUCUGCAUUCUGACUGGCAGAUGCUGGACAGUAAGCACAGAAACUUAGCCAUAAGGCGAUCAAUCCUUCUCAUUCUUAAAAAUAUCACAAGUCUAAGUGAGUCAUAGUUUUUCAUUAUUAUUAUUAUUAUUAUUAUUAAAGUGGUCUUAUAUAGCACGGUACCCCAGCCUAGGGCUAGGCUCACUGUGGUACCCCAGCCUAGGGCUAUGCUCACCGUUCUUCACAUAAAAAUUAUGAAAAAGAGAAACAUGACAUUAAAAAACAGUUACAUAAAAUUAUUCAUUUAAAGCAGCUUUGUAAAAAUGUUGACCUCGCCCACCCAAGUACUAUUCUCCCCUGUCGAGCCAUGGACGGCACCCAGCAGCAUCGAGCAUUGUUAAUCGGUCAGAGGGGGGUGAGAAUGAGUCCAAAUAGUAGAGUAUAAAGAGUUGUGUCUUGAGUGCUGUUUUGAAGGCUUGGAUGGUCAGUAUAAUCCGGAUGUUUAAUGGGAUAGAAUUCCACAGAAAGAGAAAAAUUGUUAACCGUAUGUUUCAGUGUGUGUCUUUGGAACAUAAAGAAUACGCAUGCUUUACAACAUACCUAUAAAUUAAGUAGUGCCACUCUGCUACCCAUGAUCAGUACCAGUUGUAUUUUUAUUUCAGAUUUUUAAAACUACCAUAAACAUUGUUUUUUCUUUGUAAUUUAUGGUUCUAUAAUAUAAAAUAUGAAUUUUUUCUUACAUUAAAAUAUAUAUCAAGACUUGAUUUUAAAAAGGCGUGGCUUGCUCUCUAUUAAAAUUUUUAAAUACAUUUAAAAUGGAUGGUUCUGCCUAUUUACGAGUUUGCAAUGUACAGAUUUUUACUGAAGAAUUCGAUAUUCUUUAUUGCAAACAAAUAAGUGAGAUACAUUUUUAAAUUUGAUUUCCGUAUUAGGCAAUCUUUAUUGCAAAUAAAUAAGUUGCAUACAUUUUUAAAAUUGAUUUCUGGAUGGAAUCAAAUUAAAAAAUAAACUUUUCAAGAAAAUAAAAAUCUAAGUUUUUAAUCUUCAGGAUCAGGUCGUAAAGCUUUUGUAGAGGCUAAUGGUAUCCGAACUUUGUAUGAGAGUGCACUGGAAGCAAGUGAUAGUCGGGACAUGGAGAGCUUAAUUCUGUUGGCCAGCGUGAUCCUUCGGAAAUGUUGCCCGAGAAAUAAAUUACCUCUGGACUCAACUUUGAGCCCAGUCAUAUUUCCACUGCCAACAUCAUCCAUUCAUACUCCUGAAUGUGUCCGCUUGGCCAACUCUUCUGGUGAGUGAUGAAUUUGUUGAUGUUUAGUUUUUAGACUGUGCAAAAUUGUAAGCUUUAUCAUCAUUCAAAAAGUCUCUGACAUUUAAAUUAGGGUUAUUUGUUUGGUAAGCUCCAAGUCUGGCAAUACUACAUUUUGAACUAAUGACUUAAAUUAUUCAAGUAUAGAUUGAUUUGGGAUUGGGUGGCAAAGUAAAUAUGCGAUGGUAGAGACAUCUAAGGAAUCCACUUAAAAUGUCCACUUUAAGUUUGUGACUUUUGUGAAUUUGUAAAAAUGCAUGUUGGCUAGUGUUGUUUAAACCAAUGUUGAGUUGCUCUUGGCUGUACAUUUACAGGGAUGUUAAGGCCACAAAGAAGUCAUGCCAUUUUUUUUAAUCAUCGUGCAUCUAAUGUCAUUCUGUUUCUCAAUCUACCUCUCUGAAAAAAUAACUUCAUUUGUGAACCCACUCAAUGAAGAUGCGGUUAGUGAGCAGUUGAUCAACAGGAGUUAUUUUUAAAUUUUAGAAGAGAAUAAAUAUCUCAAAGGGGAAUUAACUCUUUGAUUAGAUAAAUGUAUUAGCAAUAAUGCCUAAGGAUUGUGUAUCAAAGCUUAAGAUGAAAGUUUUAGCAAUAAUGCCUAAGGAUUGUGUAUCAAAGCUUAAGAUGAAAGUUUUAGCAAUAAUGCCUAAGGAUUGUGUAUCAAAGCUUAAGAUGAAAGUUUUAGCAAUAAUGCCUAAGUAUUGUGUGUUAAAGCUUAGGAGGAAAGUUUCAGCAAUGCUGGCUGUGUAUUAACCUUACUGCAGCUACUCUCAACCUCUUCACAUUGUGAUGUGAAUGAGCAAGAAAAGCUCAUGAGAAUAUUAGUUGAACUUUCUAUGACACUUUUCUACAAGCAACUUGAUUUCCAGAAGAAUGGGUUGUUCCUUUUUUUCAUGUUAAUAUUAUUCUGUAAAAAAUAAUGCUAGCUGCGUCAUCUGGUGGCCAUACUUCUUUGAUUACAUCCGGAGUUUUGACCCCUGACUUAACUGAAGAGCAGGCCCGGACUAAUGAGACAUUCAUAUCACAGAAGCUACAGCAAAUUUGUGGUGCAUUCUACAAUUUAGUGAUACCUGGUACAUGCUGGGAAUUUCAACCUUCUGAUUCAUUGAUUUAUGUUUUGAUCAGUCCAUUAAUUUAUUGUUUUUUUUUAAAUUUUGCAUCAAGAUUUUGAGUUUCCAUUAAUCAAAUUUUAGUGCAUAUGAUUCUCAUUUAAAUUGUUUUUUAUUUUUUUAAAUUCUACUUUGGAAAGAUAUCAUUACAAUUAUUUGAAUAUUUGUACUAUUCAGUUAGAGUUUUGCUUUAUACAUAAAGUCCUCAUGCAUAUUUAAGCCAUACUUUAUUAAAAAAAUUAUUGAAAAUUCUGAAACUGAAUUGUAUAAAUUUAGGUCAAAAGAGUUUUAGCAUUUGAUUCUUUUUGUUUUUGUGUUCUUGAUGAUUCCUGCAAGAAGUCACAUACUCAAGUUAGUCUUAGAGCCUGACGCUGAGCUCAAGUCUAAGAGCCUGAUGCUGAGCUCAAGAUUUAUAGCCUGAUGCUGAGCUCAAGUAAUAGAGCCUGAUGCUGAGCUCAAGAUUUAUAGCCUGGUGAUGAGCUCAAGUCUUAGAGCCUGAUGCUGAGCUCAAGAUUUAUAGCCUGAUCAUGAGCUCUAGGCUUAGAUCCUGAUGUUGAGCUCAAGCCUUAGAGCCUGAUGCUGAGCUCAAGAUUUAUAGCCUGAUCAUGAGCUCUAGGCUUAGAGCCUGAUGUUGAGCUCAAGCCUUAGAGCCUGAUGCUGAGCUCAAGUCUUAGAGCCUGAUGCUGAGCUCAAGUCUUAGAGUCUGAUGUUGAGCUCAGGUCUUAGAGCCUGAUAUUGAGCUCAAGUCCUAGAGCCUGAUGCUGAGCUCAAGUCUUAGAGCCUGAUGCUGAGCUCAAGUCUUAGAGCCUGAUACUGAGCUCAAGUCUUAGAGCCUGAUGCUGAGCUCAAGUCUUAGAGCAUGAUGGUGAGCUCAAGAUUUAUAGCCUGAGGUGGAGCUCAAGUCUUAGAGCCUGAUUGGUGGUUGAAAUCAUUUUUUCCUCACAGACAAUAUUAAUUUAAAGAAGAAUAUUUGCUACUUAUAUAUUUAUAAAUAGGAAUAUUUUGGUAAUCUUUGAUGUAGCAAAAUAUAAAAUGAGUGAGUCUUAGCUUUAGAUUUAAGGUGUUCCUAAAGAAAAUUAGAGAAUUAUUGGACAAAUAAUUUUGUAAAUUUUGUAUAUGACAGAUAUAAAUUAAGGCUGUGUAGAUAAAAAAAAAAGUAAAUUAUUUAUGAUAAUAAUGAUAUAUUUUUUCUAUAGCUCAGGUUUAUAAAUUUAUAAAUUUUAUUCUUAAGACUUUAUCAAUAUAUUUUAAUAAUGAAAAUUUAUAGUUAUAUAGAAUUGAAGAAAGUCCAUUAUUUUUUCAUAUUUUAUCAAUUUAAAAGCUUUUAUUCUAAAAUUAUGAAUGAACUUACAUUUUAUUUGCAAUGCCAGAUAUAAUAAAAUACUGCAUAUAGAUUUACUGUAUAUUUGAUUAAUAUCACUAAAGGAACUGGCCAACCUAAAGCCAGAGCAGAGAGUGAGCACAGUUCCAUCGAUGAGGAGGAAGAAGAUGAUGACAUUGAUAGUGAUGAUGAACGGUUUCGUACAGAACCUGAGGAAGUGAGUUAAUUUUUUUCCGCUUUUAAAUUUUAUAAUAAUUUAAACAGAUUUCCCGAAUUUUUACUCAGCCUAUUUCUUUUAAUAACAUUAACACUAUAAAUUAGUUUAUUAACACUCAAAGUUUGUGUAUUAGUAUUAAAAUAGUAUAAACAGCAUGUCUUGUGAUGAAAUUUGAAAUCAAUGUUCAUUAUAAGACAAAAAGUUUUAAAACGAUGCUAUACUUCAACAUUUUCCAGCUUCUAACAUAUCUAAUGUCUCCUGUUUGUGUGUAAUAAAUAUAUUUUAUUGAAUACUUGCAGCCGGAUGAGGAUUUACAAGACGGCCCUGACCUUAAUGAAGGUAGAACUUUGGAAGAUCUUCACACUUACGACCAAUUCUUUGCUGAAGCCACAGAGUCGGAGGUUAAUAUCUCAAAGCUUAGUUUGAUAUUUUACAAGGUUGUCGCUGUGGGAUAAUAAAUUCUGUCCAGCUGUUUUUGUUGUUUGCAUUUGUCUUGGCUUUUUGAUUUCCAGGGAGCAGAAGGCAAACAGGUUUUUAAAGAUUUCUUAUUUCUUUAAUAAUACCCAUAUUCAAAGAUGAACUAUUGAAAUGUUUUACAAGUGGUGUCUGACCCAAAUAUUAUCAGUGCUGUGCUGCAAUGUCAUCUGCCUGUUUUGGCAAGAGCAGACCUGUUUACUCUUAUGACUUCGGCUUACAAUCUAUGAUUUUGAGGUGUCUUUUACAAUUGUACUCCAAGACCUUUCAUAAAUAUGAUCUUAAAAACUGGGUUGAAAAUAUAUUCAUUCCUGUAGUUUUUCCAAUAAAUAAAUAAUAUUUAAAAAGAGCAUUUUGGGUUGUUAGCUUCAAGCAGCUUUCUACAUCCAGCAGUGAAUGGGUCCAGAAAUAUGAUUGAUUAAGAACCUACUAUUAUAAUAUUAAUUUUGGAAUGAGAGGGAAGGUGGUGGUGUUGAUUUAGGAGAUUUUGGGUGUGGGGAGGGGGGGUGUCCAAAUUUUUAAGUCUAUAAAUUAACACUGCCACAUUUUCACAAUGAUAAUGGAGAUAAGCAUAUUGUUGCUUUGUGUCUAGACACGGAAACAGUUGUAUUAGCGUAGUCGUCUUGGCGACAAUUUUAGUAAAACCUUGCUUUUGUCAUCUUCGAAGCUGUAUGACAUAACAAAAUUAUUUCAUGCAGCAAGUGCUGAAACAGAGAAAACUAGAGAAUGCAUUCUCAACUGUUCCACCGAGCAACAUUAAAUUUUGACAUAUUUUAUAGAAUCUGAGAGGACCGUUGCAUCUAUUUUUAGAAUCCACAUAACAACUGUAUGACUUUUAAUACCCCCUUUUGGUUCCAAUGCUCCUCUUCUUUUCACCCAUUUACAGCUUGUGAUAGUUUUCAGACUACAAUAUAUUAGCAGGAAAUAGGCUUUUCAAGUUCCUUGGUAGGAUGUUUAAAUGAUGUCAUCAUUUGUUAAUUAAUUCUUAUUUCAAUCAAUUUUAUUUUAUCCUGAUCUGACUUUGAGUUUGAAUCACAUUAAAUUUCAUCAGUAACUUUAUUUUUAACAGUGAAGGAGUGUGAUUAUGUGAUCUGUAUGUCCACUCAAUAUAAAUUAAUAUUAUAGCAAAUACACGUCUGCAAAACAAAGUGACUGCAGAUUGCAAUAUAAACGACAGUCAUCUACUUUUAGAAAUUGCCUUUUUUUUUUUAUGCCAGCUAAACUAGAUCCCACUAGACACACCUUGUGAGUAGUAUGCAUUAUUAUAUAUUUUAUGUUUAUUUAUUGAUAUUAAGAUAUUGUAUGGUAGGAUUUUUGACGAUGUUGUAAAAUUUUAGCAGUUUGAGGGUAGACAGGUCUGCUAGAGGUAGUGGGUUUGAAAUCCUCAAGAUCAUCUCCAGCUUUGAGCAAAUAGCUUGUAGGAAUGGACUCACCAGCCCAGUAGGCAGCUGUAAGCCGUGAAUGAUAAUUUAAAACAAAAACAAACAAAAAACUCCUUAUAGCUCUGAUUUGCACAUGAACAAUUUUGUUAAAAACCUUGAACUUAUUUCACUAGACACAGUUUUGCACAAGUUCAACGGCCACUCCGUUACAAAGAUGCCACUCUGGGUUUUUAAGUAGCUAUCAGCCUAGCAGCAGUGUUGAUAGUCCAACCAUGAAGCACACUGUAUCUGAUGUCAACAUUCAUGACAAGCAGAAACGACUUAGUAUUGAAUCAUCAAGCGCCCCAAACAUAUUCCAGCAAUUUCUAGCUGAGAAAGGUUUGUCACUUAUCCCCCCCCAUUAACUUUUUUAUGUCUUUUAAAAAUGUUGUUUACACAUUUCAAAGUAAUUUUCUAUUAAUUAACUCUCCCAGUUAGUUUGUGAUAUCAGAUUAAAAUGAUCUUUUUCUCUCCCAGGCAAUCAGGAAGAAAAAAGUGUUAGUGCUUUAAAUUUAAAAUCAGGAGCAACCAUUUUUUCCCUUGACAUGGGGCAGCGCCAGAACAUUUUGUCUGUCAAAACUUCCAAGAGCAACUCUAGAAGCAAGCAGAAAAAAAAACUGCCAGCAUCAAAGGACCGUCGUAACAGUCGAAAGAUUUCAGUGACACACUUGGAUGAAUGUUUGAUUGAUGGGUUGACCGCGAUGAGGUCUAUGCAAGUUGAAGAUGUUGAUCAGGUGACCAACUUGCACAACAUUUUUGCCUUUGAUUAAUCUAUUGAGAUUUGAGCCCAUCUCGGACCAUUGUCUUGUUAUGCAUUUGACUUGAUACUCGGACCAUUGUCUUGUUAUGCAUUUGACUUGAUACUCGGACCAUUGUCUUGUUAUGUAUUUGACUUGAUACUCGGACCAUUGUCUUGUUAUGCAUUUGACUUGAUACUCGGACCAUUGUCUUGUUAUGCAUUUGACUUGAUACACGGACCAUUGUCUUGUUAUGCAUUUGACUUUAUAUUGAAACCAACGGUAUUCAUUUAUUUAAGCAGGCUAGUGUGAAAGUUUCCAAUUUCAGUUUCAGUGACUGACAGUUAACGUAAUGUAAUUUAUUAAAUUGUAUUUCUUUAUAUUAUUUUAUUUGUUCAACUUAUACUUUAAAUUCCUUGGAAUAUGUUUUGUUUAGUCACACAUUUUUUAAAAGCCAUGUUGAAUGAAAAUACAAAAUGAAAUUAUUGCUAUACCCCUUUCAAAGAAAUUACAAGAUGUUUGAUCAAUCCCUAGAAUGUAAUAUUAAUUUAAUGUUAAAUCUAACAAGAAAAUUAAUAUCACAGUUGAACACACAGAAAUAACAGCAAAGGGGGAAAAGGGGGGGGGGGGGGGUGGGGCUAUAAUCUUUAUGGAAUAAAAUGAACGGACGAAUAUAUGUCAUCCUUGUCUUCAAGACCUUUGAUCAAAAUUAAAUUUGAUUUAUUUGUAAAUAUUUUGUAAACUCUGGAGCUAAUCAACAGGUCCUACUUACUGUCCUAUAUUUCUGCUCAGGUGACAUUUUAUGAUGAGUUUGAAGAUGAGUUCUGUGAGUUUCCCCAUGAUGCAGAUCUCUACACCCGGCUGGCAGCUCAGACACAGAGUACACACAUGUUCCAAAAACUGGCAUUUCCUGAUCUUUAUGGGAUAAAAGGGCUUUAUAAAGUGAUGGAGCCCUUGAGUAGUCGCAAAUUUGGUGUUCAAAGGUUGGUCAAGUUAUUUUUUUAUAUUUAUUAAUCAUAUUAGUGUAAACCAGGCCAAGAUUCUGCUGAAUUUCAUUUCAUCUCCAUUACAUCCUCUAAUCCUUAGCUUUUUUUUCUUUUUUUUUAAAAUGGAUAUAAUCUUUAACCAGUCCUUUAAAACUUUUGUUAAAUUUUAGUUUGAGAUUAGUAGAAUUCAUAAAAUUGUGUUUAUUCUCCAACCCUUCUGAAAUCCUUUCCACUGACCUCUACAGAUGUGUCCUAUAGGUUAUGAGCCCUUGCAUUAAUGUAUCUGAUCAAUGUUUACGGUCUAAACAAUGUUAUGGAAGAAUAAGCUUGACAGGCCCAUAAAUUAAGUCAUCUUGACAGGCUAAUGCAGUAAUGUUAUCAAUUUAAUUUUCUUUUUCGGUACAAGGUCUAAGAUCUUUGAGGACAUUGAUCGAAUGAUUCAUGCCGACCAACUUGUAGAUCGUGUUGUCUAUGACUAUGAUAAAAUCGUGCUAGAGCAAGGGGGUACUUGUAGUGGGAGAGCGUCUGAUGUGGAAAGCAAUGAUACAGACCAAACAGGAUUAUCUAACCAAGACGAGCUGAGGUAAAAUUGUGUAUGAGGUACUGUUAGUGAAAAUUUUGGUAUAUUAUAUUGAACAAUUAUCCUUUCAUCUUUUACAAAUUUGAUUGUAAAAGUGCAAACAGUUGCAGAAAUAGGCAAGAAUGGAAAGUAUCUCUUUUUAAACAAAACAAAUGCCAGUUAGAAAGUGACAUACUCUGCAUAAUUUAGUAUUAAGUAUAAUAUAAUGUUGUAAGAUAAAGGUAAAGUAGAGAAAGUUUACUUGUGACCUAUUGAAUGAAGCUUCAUCCAAGUUUUACAGACUAUGUUAUUGGAAUAAAAUGCUGCACUAAUGUCAUUUUUUUAAAUUUUAAAUCUUCAUGGCAAUGAAACAUACACAAGAGCAAAACAAACUAAAUAUUGUCAGAAGUUGAACUUACGGAUAAUUUUUUUUGCUUGCGUCCUUUUUUUUUUUGUUUCACUUGACCUAACCAGAAAGUAUACCAUUAAUAAUGUUUUAUUUGUCAGUAAGAUUUGAUCAGCUCUCUCUGUUCUAGGUUAGGUUUCCUGGAUGUACAUUUGAUGACCUCUUUGUUCUAGGUUAGGUUUCCUUGAUGUACAUACAGAGUCUCUCAAAUUUUCUGCCCAGUUUGAAUGUGGCAAUCUCAGAAAAGCUAUACAAGUAAGUUGAAGGUCAACAAGAAAGAAAAAGGAAAUGCUAAUAUAUGUCAAACAUCCCCCCUUUUCCCUUUUUUUUCUCCAUUAAGUUAUUUCAAAUGACAUUGAGCUAAAAAUUGGCAUAAAUUGUUACAUUCAUUUGCAAACUCAAAGUAGUAUAAUUUACAUCAGUGGCUUAAUUCUCACAAUCAUUCAGGUGAGCCAUUCAGUAGUGAGGCAUUGUGUAUUUAAAAGGAUGAGACAGUAUGUAUAUAUAUAUACUACUGAGACAUUCUGCAUUUAUGCAGCUGGACAUUAUGUUAUAUGAAUUGUCACAGGUGUGACAGUAUGAAUAUAAAUUGUCAUAAUUUAUACAGGUGAGACAGUAUAAAUAUGGAUUGUCAUAAUUUAUACAGGUGAGACAGUAUGAAUAUGAAUUGUCAUAAUUUAUACAGGUGAGACAGUAUAUAUGGAUUGUCAUAAUUUAUACAGGUGAGACAGUAUGAAUAUGAAUUGUCAUAAUUUAUACAGGUGAGACAGUAUGAAUAUGAAUUAUCAUAAUUUAUACAGGUGAGACACUAUGAAUAUGGAUUGUCAUAAUUGAUACAGGUGAGACAGUAUGAAUAUGAAUUGUCAUAAUUUCUACAGGUGAGACAGUAUGAAUAUGAAUUGUCAUAAUUUAUACAGGUGAGACAGUAUGAAUAUGAAUUAUCAUAAUUUAUACAGGUGAGACACUAUGAAUAUGGAUUGUCAUAAUUGAUACAGUUGAGACACUAUGAAUAUGAACUGUCCUAAUUUCUACAGGUGAGACAGUAUGAAUAUGAACUGUCCUAAUUUCUACAGGUGAGACAGUAUGAAUAUGAACUGUCCUAAUUUCUACAGGUGAGACAGUAUGAAUAUGAACUGUCCUAAUUUCUACAGGUGAGACAGUAUGAAUAUGAUCUGAUCCUGAACCCUGACAUAAACUCCAACCAUCACCACCAGUGGUUUUACUUUGAAGUGAGCAACAUGAGGCAAGGCCAGCCUUACAGGUUCAACAUUGUCAACUGUGAGAAAGUCAACAGCCAGUUUAACUUUGGUGAGUCUUGCCACGGCACUUGGGGUAAUACCUGGUUGACAUUAUGACCUGAUUGACAUCAUGACCCGAUUGACAUCAUGACCUGAUUGACAUCAUGACCUGAUUGACAUCAUGACCUGAUUGACAUCAUGACCUGAUUGACAUCAUGACCUGGUUGACGACAUGACCUGGUUGACAUCAUGAUCAGUUUUGGAAAAGUUCAUUGCAAUAAUUAUGUAUGACGUAUGUUCAUUAAAAAACUUUCAAGUUAUCUUGUUAUCACUAUCAUCAGGCUGUUCUACAGAAAAUUAAAUGUGAGCAAAUAAAAUUUGGAAACCAUCUUUUUUUGUACUCUUGAAGCUCAACACUAUUUUUAAAAAAAUGAAGCAGGUGCACAAUAGUAUUUUGCUAUCAACAUCUGUAAGAGAAGGUGCAAUUAAUUAUUAUUUUUUUUGCUUGUAAACUUCCCAAGGCCAAUUACUCUGUAUGGCAUAUGGUUCAAAAGAGUCGAAAUAAGGUUUAUAGACAUAAAUAAACAUUUUAUUUUAGCAAUGAAAAACAAUGCUAAUAUUAUUUUCAUUAACUGAAUUAACUUUCAAUAUCCUCAUUAUUUCAAGGAGCACAACUUUAUCCAUGAAUCUUUUAAGUUCCACAAAUAAUAACAUUCAUGUUAAAAUGAGGAAUUUUAUUUUACACCAAAAUAGUGGGGGGAAAGAAAUGGGGUGGGAGGGGGGUGUUUAAGCUUGACAACUAGUUUCUCCUUGAUUAUAAUCCAUACUUUUCAGGCAUGCAACCCUUGAUGAUGUCAGUAAUUGAAGCCCUUGAAGGCAACCCAUGCUGGGCCAGAGUUGGUAAAGAUAUUUGCUACUAUAAAAACCAUUUCAUCCGCAAUGCAAACACCACUGGUGGAAUACAAGGCAAAUCCUACUACACAACAACCUUCACCUUGACCUUCCCACAUGCUGGAGACGUAUGCUACUUGAGCUACCACUAUCCAUACACCUACACUGCUUUAAAGGUAUUCCAUUAUUUAUGGCAGUUUUCCUCAAAUCAGAUACAAAAAAAAAACCAGUGAAGUGAAGAUGUGAUUAUGUCACAUUCAAAAUUAAUUAAAGUGUAUUGAACAUGAUUAUCUGCCCAUGUUUAUGUGACAGACAUUUUAAUGACACUAAUCAGAGAAUAAAUUGGAAUGUUUUUAUGUUUUGUUUAAUUCUUUCAUUGGGCCUGAAUGUUAUUAUUUUUAUCUAAUUGCAAGGGUUUGUGUUAUCAUUUUAUUAGAUAGCUAGCAUUAUAUUUAGACUAUUAUUAUUUAAGUUUCUCUUUUGGAAAGUGACAAAUGUUAAAAAGUUUCCCCGUUAUUUUCUCUGUUUAAGAGGACAUGUAAAUAUACUCAUAUUCCUUUGUCUGUGCUGUAUUUACAAACAUAUAUAUCUUUGGUUUGCGUGGUGCUUCAGAGAAAGUUUGUAUAACAAACAUCCAGCUAUGUGGAAAUACUUUCCCUUUUUGUAUCUUAAUUACUGUAGUUAGGUGGUACUUAAAAACUUAGUUUUAAAAAAAUUUUCUUGCCUUGCUUUAAACAGAAAUUGCACCAUAAAUAUAUGUGAUGAAAACAAGAGGUAUUUAGGAUUGCCAUGUACUAUGAUAGUAUUAAUGUUGAUCUAAAAACUUUUCUUUAACUAACUUAAUAAAGGAUGACUUUGACAUGUAUGCCAAGUGGUAUGAUAUGUGCCUAUUUUCUGCCUGGUUAAAUCUUGUGUUCUGUACUUGAUUUUGUACAUUAUUUUUCCUUGGUUAUUAAAAAUGUUGUAUAUAUAUAUUAUUUCAGCAUUUACUCUUUGAUUUACUCUUCUAUCAAAUCUCAUUGGAUGUAAUCGUAAAAUGUGAUCCCAACUCAUCUGUGGUCUGUGUAACAACUAAUCGUUAUUCCUCAUUCUACAUUCUUUUUAUAACUCACAUCACACGAUUCACAUCAUGAUCAUUCACUCUAUUUAUCCAACCAAUAUUCACACCUUUAAGUUUAAACAUUCAUGUAAACAACUCACCACGUCCAGUCAUACCACAUGAUAACAACAGAGGCCGAUGAGGUCACAAAGUUCACUUGAUACACACUAGAAUAAUCAUCAGUCACACACACUGUCACAUAGUAUGUACAAUAAAAUCUUGUACCCAUAAACAAGUCAUUUAAUAUUGUUUUUUGUUUGUUUCAGACCCAUCUCAAACAAUGGGAACAGCAUUACAAUGACAACCUUAUCUACUUCCGUAACCAAUCACUGUGCACAACGCUGGGAGGCAACACUGUACCAUUGCUUACUAUUACAGCCCAGCCUCGACGUACUGACAAAGAAGGUCUGGAAGAGCUACGUAAGUGUUUUCAGGUUUUGUUUUUACCAGCUGUAAGUGUAAGUCGAUUACUUUCAAAACUAUAUGUAGUAAAUGUAAAAUUUUAAAAAAUCCUUUAACAAAAAAAAGAAAAGUAUAUAAUAAAUAAAAAUAUUAGAAUUUAUAGAUUUCUAACUAAAUGUCUUUUACAUGGGAUACCUAUUUUUUGCAUCUGUUGUUGGUGUUCCAUAUUUGUAUAUCAUAUACAUUCUUUUUUUACCUUGUUUUAAAUUAUUUUUUUCACACAAUUUCAAAUUAUCUUGUAGAAAAGUUAAAUAAUAUUUAUUGCAGUGAAGUACCAAGCCUACUGGUCCAGUCAAAAUGGUCAUAGAAGCAGUGGUUAGAUGAAUGAAUUUUGGUAUAAAAAUAGAGCUUUGACUGAAUCAUUCAUGAAUAGUCUUAGUGUCCGAAUUGGGAGUCGCUUUGAGAUCAUUUUAAAACAUCAUCAGUACUCUUGUGCUAAUUCAUUGUCUCAAGUAUACUUUUAAUUUGUUUUAAAUACUUUUUGAUAUAAUUUAUUAUAACUCUGUUGUUACAGAUCAUGGCAUCUUACAAUUUACAUUGUUUCACUAACUACCAUUUACUUUUAAUAAACCGGGAGCUUUAGAGGAGAUGGCUGAACCCAACUUAAUAAGACUUAUUAGAAAGUUAGACUGUUAGAGCUGGAAGUUCUCUAACUAACUGAAAUAAAUGAUGCCUUCUACAGACCUGUUUACUCUUAAGAUUUUGGCAUAAAAUGUAACAUUUUCAGAUGUUUUUUACACUUGUACAACAAGACCUGUCAGAACUAUGAUUUUAAGAGACCGGGUUGAAAAUAUAUACAUAAUGUAACGUAACCAACAUUAGAUUUCAACAUAUUUUAUAGGAUCUGAGAGGGCCUUUGAAAUCUAUUUUAUAACGCACCAAACAGCUUUAUGAUUUUCAAACCCCUCUUCCUUUCACCGAUUGACAGCAUGUGGUAGUUAUCAGACUGUAAUGUAUUAACGGGAAAUGGGCAUAAUGGAUAUUGAUUCUCAAUAUUUUUUUUUUAAAAACGCAAACGUAAAAAAUAAAUCUCAAGCUACUUGGUAGGUUUUUUAAUUUUUUUUAUUUCAUGCUGAUCUGACUUAGAGUUUAAAUCAUAUUAAACUUCACCAAUAACUAUAAUAUACUUUUACCAGUAACAGACUGUAAUAAUGUGAUCUGCAUGUUCUCCUAAAUAUUAAUUGAUAUCUAUAGCAGACAGACAUCUGCAAGACAAAUUGACAGCAGAUUACAAUAUAGACAUCAGUCAUGAACUUUUAGAAGUUACAUUUUUGAUGCCAACUUAACUCGAUCCCACUAGACACGCAAUGCGAGUAGUUAUUGUAUACAUUAUAUAUUUAUGUUUCCUUAUUUACUAUUAAGAUACCGGUACUGCAUUGUACAUUUUGAGACAAUUUAGUAUGAUUUUAGGAGUUCGAGGGUAAACAGGUCUGCUUCUGAUUAUUUAGGCUUCAAUUAUCCAGAGCAUCACAUACAACUGACAAAAUUUUUUUAAUGAAAUCUCUUUGGGCUUUUAUGAUCAGAAAUAAAAUUUUAAAUCUCUAUACUGUAAAUUGAAAAUCAUAGACAGGGAAAUGUAUAGUUAGAUGCAAAAACAUGGUAAUUUAUUUAAAAUAUAAAUUAAAGUAACUAAAGAUAAUUAUUUCAGCUUUUCAUUGUUUUAUAAAGGGUAUUUUAUUUUUGCAAAGGGUUUGUAUCCAAGAAGUUGUGAUGUAUGCACUAUCACAAUUCAUCUCUUUGGAAGUCAUGCAAAUAAAAUUUGAUAUAUUAUAGUGAGCUUUAUUUUAAUUUCUAUAUGCUUCAUUUCUGUACUAAUGUUAUUAAUUGUGUUCAUUGGUGUGUACUAUAAUUUUAUUAUGAAACUUGCCCAAAUCCAGGUAGCAGGCCUUACAUUUUCUUGAGUGGAAGAGUGCAUCCAGGGGAGAGUAAUGCUAGUUGGGUUAUGAAAGGUCAGUAAAAAAUGGAAUAAAAUUUUGUGUUUGUUUAUUGGAUUAAUAAGUUGUGUUAACAAGUUGUGUUGAUGAGUUGUGUCGAUAGGUUAAUAAGUUGUGUUAAUAUGUUGUGUUAAAUAAGUUAAAAAAGUUGUGUUGAUAAGGUUAUUAUCAAAUAAUCUUGAGAAACACUUUGUUAAUAUUGUCAUUCUUAUUUUUAUAUAAAAACACUUUGAUACCAUAUUGUGACAAGAUUUUGGCAGUUUGUUUUUACUGAGGUGUUGGGUUAGCGCUCUCAACCAAAACUAAUGUAUGCAAGGUUUAUGUUGUUUGGUAGAUGGUUAUGGGGCUGGGAAAAUUUAAUUUUUGGAACCUUUGCAUGCGGACAUCAACAAAUACACAGUUAAUUUAAUAUCUCAUAAUAAAUUGGAAGCCCAAUUUUUCAAAUUUGAUUUCAAGGAACCAUUGACUUCCUCUUAAGUCGAAAACCUCAAGCACAGCAUGUAAGAGAGAUGUACAUCUUCAAAAUUGUGCCUAUGCUAAACCCUGAUGGAGUUAUUAAUGGCAAGUAAGUUGAAAUCACCAUUUCCAUUUAAAGAGAUUAAUCUGGUCAAAAUGUCAUCAGUAAACCAACAAAAUGUUAAUCAUCAGAAAACUUUUAAUGACAAAGCCAUGUUUGGACAAGAAUGAAAUCAAGAAAAUCAUUUUUUUAAAGUCUUUUUUUUCCCACAUCAAUUAAAAUUAUUAAAGUUUCUACCUUUAUUGUGUCCCACUUAACUCUCGCUUUGCAUUGUGAAUAUCUUUUCACUCAUAUUUGCAUCAUUUAACAAUAGCAAAUAUUCAAAAUUGAGUUGGUUUACGUUCUACUGUUCUAUAUAAAUUAUAAGAUGUAAACGCAAAUGUAAAUAUGUUUGUCAUUUUAAGAAAGAUAAAGAAUUGACUUAAACCUUAUCAGCACGUCUAUCAGUGUAUUUGUUAAAAUAAACCUAACCACACUUUCAAAUGUAAUGCAUUUUCCAGCCACCGGUCGUCGCUAGUAGGAGAAGAUCUCAACCGUCGGUGGGGCAAACCUUGCCCAACACUCCACCCCACAAUAUACCAUACAAAAGGACUUCUGCAGUAUCUGAGUGCUGUUAACAAAACUCCCUUGGUCAGUUUGUUUGCUGAAAGGUUAAGAAAAAUAUCAAGGAGGUCGAGUGGCUGCUAUAUUUAUGAGGUCAUUUGUAAAUAACAAAGCUUGGAAAAUAACCUGUUACCAAAGCUAGAACUUUGUUUAAUAUUGUAACUGUCAGGGCUUGAAAAGUCACAUCUCAUUUAGUAUUUUACAUACAUUAAAUAUUAUGGCAUCCUUCAAUCAUCGUGAGAUGAUGGAGUAGCUCUUGACACUUCAUCAAAAAGCUUAAGAGCAAUGGCAGUCUUGGCUGCACUUCUCGCAGGAGAACCUUGACUCCUAUUAAAAUUUGGCCUUCCGUAAUGCUCUUUUUAUUGCAAAGUAUUUGUUUUGUUCUUCUUCCGCCUGUUUUACUCCUUCAUACACUGCUGUUUGCUAGAUGAAACAGUGAUUAGAGAUGAUCUUCCAUUUGUUAAUUUUUUGUGUUGGCUCCCCUCAUGCUUCUUUUGCAAAUGUCUUUAAAUCACUGCCACGGCAUUACACCAAAUCUUGCCCCUUGUGCCAACUCUCCAUACAGCAGAUCCUUUGUAAUACAGCCUUCCUCCAUUGUCCUUACAUUACCUAACUAGCAAAGGUGCUUCCUGCUAAGAGCAGAGAACAGGCUACAUAUUUUGCCAUUUUAAAACAUCCGUGAUGUGCACUAUGUCCUGCCAUCGAAUCCAUUAAAUGCGAUGCAGACAUCAUUGGUGGAAGCUGUCCCGUUCAUGUCUCACAUAUGUGGUGCACACUUCACUGUCAUUUGGAAGCAUACUGAGCAUAAAUGCCUGAUAGAUGCUUAGUUUAGUUUUUCUACUUUCAGUUAGUUUAGGAUUAUUCCACAUCCGCUUGCUCAAAUUAGCCAUAGUUGCUGCUGCUUCUGCAAUCCUGAUGUUCACCUUUAAUGUUCAGUUACUGUUGUUAACACCCAAUAGUAAGCACCUUACAAAUUCAAUUUUCAUUGUUACGAAUUUUCUUUCAGACCCAAAUCACUUUACACUUAUUUUCAUCAUUUUUAAUUACUAAUACUAAGCUGUUGUUACACUUUGAGAAAUAAAUUAAUUUCUUGUGCAUUGUCCAAGUCUCCCAGCACUAAUCAUGGCAACAGGCAGAAGCAUUAUUUGAAAAUGAAUUUUUUAAGUAUUUUAUAAUUGCAUGUGUACCUCUAUAAAUACAGAUUUUCAUCAAAAUAAAAUUAUUAUUCCAAGUUAACAAUAUGUCAGACACUGCAAAUUAUCAAAUUCUAUUAUUUUAGAGUUGUUGUCCACCAAAGUUUGACCAUCUUUAUCUUUUGAGACAUAAUACUAAUAGUAAUAUAGCAAAGUUUAAUUUACAUAAUUAAUGGAUAAAAUAUCGGAGCUGAUUCAAUGGUUCCACAUCUUUAUACAAUUUUGAUUAGUUAUGGGUUUAUUUGAUGCAUCUUAAAGGUAUAUACCUAAUAUGUCAAGUGACCACUACUUCAGAUAAUUAAAUUUUCUAUCCUAAUUGAACUUAUUUAAUUUGUAAAAUUUCUGAAAAAUUUCUCAUGCUAAAUUUUUAUUUAGUGAAAUCAUUUCUGUGCCUGCAGGUUUACUGUGACUAUCAUGGCCACUCAAGGCGUAAAAAUAUCUUCAUGUACGGGUGCAGCCCUCACCAGUCUUGGAUCAGUAAUGAUACCCAGAAUCCUGCAAGUGGUGGGAACAAAAUUAAUGAGUCCUACUACAAGGUCAGUCGGAUGAUAGAGACAAAAUUAAAGAUAAAUGAUCAUAGUACUAAUUAGUACUUGUUUUAUUUUUUCAAAGGAAAAAAUUGAUGAAAAUCUUAAGAGAUUUUUCUGAAGCAUAUGUAGAUAUUUCUAAACAUAUACAUAUUUAUUUUUCAUACAAUAUAUUGCAAUUGACUUCCAAGGAGCUGAUGAAUGUGAAAAACUGAAAUGAAAUAUAAAAUGAGAAUAAACAUUGUUUUUUUGGAGGAUGCAGACACUAUGAAAGAUCAUUAUUUUCUCAAUUUGAAAUAACAUCUUCUAUAAAAGAAAAUGACGUGGUCUGGAAUCUUCAAUACCCGGUACUGUAUUCAGGCGGCAGGAUAUGUCUGAACAGGAUCAUAUUGCUUAAUGUUGUUAUUGAAACCACUUUCACAGCAACUCCCUCGUCUUCUGCAUACCAGCUGCCCAUCUUUUGCGAUCCAGAACUGCAGUUUUGUGGUAGAGAAAGUCAAGGAAAGCACAGCUCGUGUGGUGGUGUGGAGGGAGAUAGGAGUCCUUCGGUCCUACACCAUGGAAUCAAGCUAUUGUGGAUGUGACCAGGGCAAAUAUAAGGUAAUUAUGAGCCCUGACAUUGAUGUUUUACCCCAGAACAAGUGUAUAUGUUUUUUUUUAAGGAAUCACCAAAAAUUUGGCUUUUGUCCCUUUGAUUGUAGGGCAAUUAAGACUUUGUACAUUAAUUAGAUUAUGCAUCUUCAGUCUGGGACCCAUUUACCCAGAAGAGCAUUGACAGGUUGGAGGCGGUCCAGCGACGAGCAGCACGCUUUGUCCUAAACCGCCACAGGAAUACCUCUAGUGUUGGCAGCAUGCUGAAAACACUAGGCUGGUCACCAUUGGAGGAACGACGACGACAAUCCAGGCUCUCCAUGAUGUACAAGAUAAAUAAUGGGCUGGUCCACUGUUCCAGUAUUAAACAGAAACUCGUCCUUCUCCCCAUAGACAGCAACGAAGCCAUGACAGGCAAUUCAGGCUCAUACCAGCAAGAAGCCAGUAUAGGAGCUGCUCAUUCCUGCCCAAGACAAUCAGGGACUGGAACAAGCUUUCAAAAGGAAUGGUUGAGGUGACAAAACUAGACACAUUUGUGUCUAUUGCCUCAAGCCUUCAAACCCCUAGUGCAUGAUUCCCUCACAAAGUGGCACUGGAAAUCAGUGAAAUUUCCUCAUCAACACCAGGCACAGAAACAUUGCAAAUCCCAUCUACAUACAUAGGAGCCAAAAUGAUCAAUAAAUUGAUCGUGGGCCCUUAAGAUAUAGAAGAAAUUUCAAAAUAAUAUCAUUUUCAUAUAUUUCAUUAAAGUUAAAUCAGUGAGAGUCAGCAAAGUUCUUUUCAACCUUCCUUAAUAGCUUUUAUCAAACUUUUGAUCGGGACAAAAAAAAGAUAACUUAAGUGAAAAUCAAUUUAAAAUUAACAAUUUAAUAUUUAAAUCAAAGUUACCCAACCGGGGAUGGUGGAAGGUGGCAUUUCAGGGGGUGUAAAAAAUUGUAUUGUAAGAACAAAGGAGACAUUAGUGUUUAAGUUGUGAUAAAAGUGUUUAUAUAUUUUUAAACCUUUGUUCUUUAACUUUCAAAUUUAUGUAAUAAGUCACAAGUUUAUUUUUGAAGCCCGUUCUCUUUGACUGCUCUCUUUGCAAUUCAAUAAAUAAAUUAGAAGUCAAUUUAUGUCACAUUUCAAAAUACUUUGAUAAUUUUGAAGGGAGUGCGGAUUUGGUAAAACAAUCGGAUUUGGUAAAACAAUUGGUAGGGGGUGCAAGACUUGUCAAAUUAUUUGUAGGGUGUACAGAGUAUAGAAAAGUUUGGGAGACACAGUUUUCAUGAAAUCUGGAUGUGUUGAUUUUUCAUCUGAAAUCAGGGACAAAUUUGCUUAAUAAGCACUUUAAUAUGUAAAAAAAAAUGAAGAAGACUAUUACUAUUACAUGGUUAAAAAAUAUAUAUAUAUUAAAAAUAUUACUGUUAUUAGUGUUAUUCUAGUCAGUGAUUUGUACCGGUAUCUCAAAAUAAUGUGUCUUUUUGCAGGAUAUGCACAUCAAUACUGAUAUGCUGGAAGAAAUGGGUCACAAAUUUUGUGAAACACUUGCUAAACUUCCCAGACAGAAGGGACGGCUUGACCAACAAACAUCCAACAUUGACCCACAAUCACUCUUUGGAGCUACAUCAGAAGAUUAUAUGUAACUAUCUUCCUAAUCAGUUGCUUCUUACACUCAAUUUCAGAACUGAAUAAGUGUUGGGUUUCAUUUCUCAAUUACAUUUUAGCGGUUCCAUACUAGGCAUGUUAAUAAUUUUUAAUUUUUCUUUGGCAAAACAAUUAUUGGGUUUAAAAAUGCGAUUUUUACAUUAAUCAGUUUUAUUGACCAAAAUAGUGUUGUAUGUUGGUCUCCUAUAAUCAGCAUAUCCUAAUGUAAUUUUUAAAUGUUUGUUUUCACCCUUUAAAGUUCUAUGGACUGUGGGUGAGGAAACACUACUUAAUACUGGGACUAAUCCGUUUCCAAUUGAUACAACUUUUUUUGCAGGGAUGAAAUAUUUGGAUGCAACUCAACACCUCUUAAGAAAAAGGACAGUCAGAUGAAUCUGGAUUCUGAUUCUGAUGAUGGCUGUGAGUUGGAUGAAGAUGAAGAGUUUGAUGAUGACACUCCAGAUGUUCAACCGCUGGAUUUUUAAAAUUCAUUCACACAGAUCAAAAUUAACUUCCACUUCUUACAUUUUUUAAGAAUUAAAGUUGUUAAUUAUAUUUGUAAGUCAGUUUUUCUCAUAGACAAGAUGUACUUUUUUAAAGAAAGUGUUUCUUUGAGUACAUAGCAUUACAUACUUCCCCAUUUUGGCAUAUUAAUACUGUUAAUUAAUGUAGAGCCGAUUAGACAAAAAAAAUUUUUUUUACUCGCAACCAGAAUGUAAAUGCAAACAAUAUUAAACUAACUAUAUUUAAAAGUCACAAACUUUAUUUUAUGAUAGGCUAAUCUAGAAACUAUGAAAAUUCCUCAAUUGAAGACAGUAUUAGAUUUUAAUCUUUCAUUAUAUGUAACUGUACAUAGUUUGUUGUCAGCUAUUAAAAACAUUCAAAAAGCUGAAUGUGUGGUGAACAAACUUAUUUUCUCCCCUAAAUACACAAGAUUUAAGAAUUCCAGGAAAGUGAUAUCCAUUAUAUUAGCAAUAAACCUUUAUGAAGAAAAUAUUGAUAGUUGCAACCAAUCAUUUUUGUUUCUGUCCAUAUAUGUUCUAAAUCUCAUUAAGAUUGUCUAGAUUGAAAGUACAUGACCAACUGUAGACAAAUUUUGGGGUAGCUUUAGAAUGAGAGAAAUUAUCCCUCCCUAUAAAAACACUAAAAAAAAUCAUAUUUGUAGAAUCAUAUAUGAAGGACAGUAUUUCUCCAAUCGCUUAAGAGAAAUCAGUGAAAGUAAAGUUAUAUUUAAUUUUGGCUAAUCUUAAUGCAUCUAAAUAUUGCAAGCCAGAUAUUUUAAGUACCCGGUAGCAGAUUAACAGGGCUCAUAGAUUUUCAUUUUUUUGAAAGCAUUGGAUAUGAAGUUACUUAUUUUGAGUGUUGAAUGGUACUAUCCAACUUUACCUCCAAAAUAAGUUACAAAUUAAAAUUUUAAAUAGUUGAUAUGGAAAGAUACUGUAGAUAAAAAAGUCAAUCACUUGCUUAUUUCAAAUGUAUUUCUGGUUUCAGUUCUUUUAAACACUGAUUACCUCUACUACAACUUUUCUUAAUUGGACUGUUGAUGGCUUUUAUAAUAAAUGUAACAAACAUGAACAUCUUAUAUUUCUUCUUAUUAAGAUUUAUAAAUUUGUUAUCACAAGAUCAUUGUGAUGAUGUAAAUAAAUGAUUUUCUUAAAUUUGCAGUCUUUUAGUUAUUUCAUUAGCCACUAAGAUUCUAAGAUGGUUUAUGAAUAAUUUAUUGGUGCAAAAUGUUGGUCUUCUCUUGCCCUUAAAUUAACCUAGUCACCUUUACAUAAAAACUCCACAAAAAAACUAAUUUUUAAGAUAAUUCUGAUAACAAUCUGCAUAUUUAUGCUAUGUUAUGGUUUCAGUUUUUGUAUGAAAACAAUUACUCAUGAAUUAAAAUGUAAAAUCUCAAUUUACAAAAACAAAAGAAAAUUGGCUGGGAUACCAUAAUCAAGUAGGAAAAGUUAAAUCACUUAAACAUUCAAUCUUUUUUUUUUAUGGCUUGGGUUUGUUUUUUAUACAUGUCGUAAGAUUUGGCUUAAACAGAUUUGAGAACUGCUGAUUUUCAUUAUAGCUGUUUUUUUAAACAUUUUAUUAUAUAUAAUUAUAAUACUUACUAUACCAAUUAAAGCAUGGUAAACUUGGUAACUUAAUGAAAUUAUUUUAUACAUAUAUACAUUGACUUAUUCUACCCAGUUAGGAAGUAUUUUGUUUUCAAGGUGAUUUUCCUUCUUGGGGCACUAAAAAUAUAUUUAGGUUAUUUAUUUUAUUAUUGGCAAUAACAGACUAGUUUUUAAGGUAAAUCAUUUUAUUUUAAAAUGUGGCACUUUGAUUUGUAUAGACAUAUGGUAAUUUAGAUUAUUAUUAUUUUAUCGUUACAGCUUUUGGGUGGUUCACUCAUUCAAGGUAUAUGUAUAUUUGUAUAAAAAUGUUUCAAGGGUAAUAAAGAAA